AUGGAGGAAAAUUACCAGACUGUGGUCUCCCUUGUUGCAGAGAAAAGAGAGAUAGCAAGUGAGAAGGAACCAGGAAGAGGGAUUGUGGAAAAAGAGGAAGACCAGCAUAUGGAAGUGAAAUCUGGAGAUCAGUUGGUACCAGAUAAAAAAUGCAGAUGGAAAAUGGAAGCAAAGAAGAAGCAGAGGAAGGGAUUGGUUGCUUGCCAGAGCCAGAAGGUGCAGGAGGCCCCAGACCAAGAUAAAAUGCAGAUGAGAAUGAGAAGGUUGAAGAGACUCAUGGUUGAGAAAAGGCUGAGCUGCAAAAUCAGUCUGAAAAAAUAUCAGAAUGUUACAACAUGCUGGAAAAGAUACAAAUGCUUGGAGUGUGGAAAGAGUUUUUCUUGUAAAGGCAGUCUAACUGCACAUCAAAGGAUUCACACAAGGGAAAAGUCAUAUAAAUGCUUGGAGCAUGGAAAGAGCUUUCCUCACAAGAGCAGCCUUACUGCACAUCAAAGGAUUCAUACAGGGCAAAAGCCAUAUAAAUGCUGGGAGUGUGGAAAGAGCUUUUCUUACAAAUGCAGCCUAAUUGCACAUCAAGGGAUUCACACAGGUGAGAAGCCAUAUAAAUGUUUGGAGUGUGGAAAGAGUUUUUCUUACAAUAGCAGCCUAACUGAGCAUCAAAGGAGUCAUACAUGGCAAAAGUCAUUUAAAUGCUUCGAGUGUGGAAAGAGCUUUUUUCAGCAUGUUGGCCUAACUAGACAUCAAAGGAUACAUACAGGGCAAAAGCCAUAUAAAUGCUUCGAGUGUGGAAAGAACUUUUCUCGCAAUAGCAACCUAACUGUACAUCAAAGGAUUCAUACAGGGAAAAAGCCAUAUAAGUGCUUGGAGUGUGGAAAGAGCUUUUAUCAGAGUGGCAACCUAAGUGCUCAUCAAAGGAUUCACACAGGUGAGAAGCCAUAUAAAUGUUUGGAGUGUGGAAAGAGUUUUGCUUACAAUAGUGAGCUAACUAAGCAUCAACGGAGUCAUACAGGGGAGAAGCCAUAUAAAUGCCUCGAGUGUGGAAAGAGCUUUUCUCAGAAUGGCAACCUAAGUGCUCAUCAAAGGAUUCACACAGGUGAGAAGCCAUAUAAAUGUUUGGAGUGUGGAAAGAGUUUUUCUUGCAAUAGCGAGCUAACUAAGCAUAAAAGGAGUCAUACAAGGGAGAAGCCAUAUAAAUGCUUCGAGUGUGGAAAGAGCUUUUCUUGCAAUACCCAGCUAACUACGCAUCAAAGGAGUCAUACAGGGGAGAAGCCAUAUAAAUGCUAUGAGUGUGGAAAGAGUUUUUCUCAGAAUUGCAGCCUAACUGUACAUCAAAGGAUUCAUACAGGGAAAAAGCCGUAUAAAUGCUUGGAGUGUGGAAAGAGCUUUUCUCAGAAUGGCAACCUAAGUGCUCAUCAAAGGAUUCACACAGGUGAGAAGCCAUAUAAAUGUUUGGAGUGUGGAAAGAGUUUUUCUUGCAACAGCCAGCUAACUAAGCAUCAAAGGAGUCAUACAGGGGAGAAGCCAUAUAAAUGCUUCGAGUGUGGAAAGAGCUUUUCUCAGAAUGGCAACCUAAGUGCUCAUCGAAGGAUUCACACAGGUGAGAAGCCAUAUAAAUGUUUGGAGUGUGGAAAGAGUUUUUCUUGCAAUAGCGAGCUAACUAAGCAUAAAAGGAGUCAUACAGGGGAGAAGCCAUAUAAAUGCUUCGAGUGUGGAAAGAGCUUUUCUCAGAAUCGCAGCCUAACUGUACAUCAAAGGAUUCACACAGGUGAGAAGCUAUAUAAAUGUUUGGAGUGUGGAAAGACUUUUUCUUACAAUAGCAACCUAACUGAGCAUCAAAGGAGUCAUACAGGGCAAAAGUCAUUUAAAUGCUACGAGUGUGGAAAGAGCUUUUCUCAGAAUGGCAACCUAAGUGCUCAUCAAAGGAUUCACACAGGUGAGAAGCCAUAUAAAUGUUUGGAGUGUGGAAAGAGUUUUUCUUGCAAUAGUGAGCUAACUAAGCAUCAAAGGAGUCAUACAGGGGAGAAGCCAUAUAAAUGCUUCGAGUGUGGAAAGAGCUUUUCUCAAAAUGGCAACCUAAGUGCUCAUCAAAGGAUUCACACAGGUGAGAAGCCAUAUAAAUGUUUGGAGUGUGGAAAGAGUUUUUCUUGCAAUAGCGAGCUAACUAAGCAUAAAAGGAGUCAUACAGGGGAGAAGCCAUAUAAAUGCUUCGAGUGUGGAAAGAGCUUUUCUCAGAAUCGCAGCCUAACUGUACAUCAAAGGAUUCACACAGGUGAGAAGCUAUAUAAAUGUUUGGAGUGUGGAAAGAGUUUUUCUUGCAAUAGCAACCUAACUGAGCAUCAAAGGAGUCAUACAGGGGAAAAGCCGUAUAAAUGCUUGGAGUGUGGAAGGAGCUUUUCUCAGAAUGGCAACCUAAGUUCUCAUCAAAUGAUUCACACAGGUGAGAAGCCAUAUAAAUGUUUGGAGUGUGGAAAGAGUUUUUCUUGCAAUAGCCAGCUAACUAAGCAUCACAGGAGUCAUACAGGGGAGAAGCCAUAUAAAUGCUUCGAGUGUGGAAAGAGUUUUUCUUGCAAUAGCCAGCUAACUAAGCAUCAAAGGAGUCAUACAGGGGAGAAGCCAUAUAAAUGCUUCGAGUGUGGAAAGAGAUUUUCUCAGAAGGGCAACCUAAGUGCUCAUCAAAGGAUUCACACAGGUGAGAAGCCAUAUAAAUGUUUGGAGUGUGGAAAGAGUUUUUCUUGCAACAGCCAGCUAACUACGCAUCAAAGGAGUCAUACAGGGGAGAAGCCAUAUAAAUGCUUCGAGUGUGGAAAGAGCUUUUCUCAGAAUCGCAACCUAACUGUACAUCAAAGGAUUCAUACAGGGAAAAAGCCGUAUAAAUGCUUGGAGUGUGGAAAGAGCUUUUCUCAGAAUGGCAACCUAAGUGCUCAUCAAAGGAUUCACACAGGUGAGAAGCCAUAUAAAUGUUUGGAGUGUGGAAAGAGUUUUUCUUGCAAUAACCAGCUAACUAAGCAUCAAAGGAGUCAUACAGGGGAGAAGCCAUAUAAAUGCUUCGAGUGUGGAAAGAGCUUUUCUCAGAAUGGCAACCUAAGUGCUCAUCAAAGGAGUCAUACAGGGGAAAAGCCGUAUAAAUGCUUGGAGUGUGGAAAGAGUUUUUCUCGCAAUAGCAGCGUAACUAAGUUUAAAUUGAUUCACACAGAAGAAAAGCCGUAUAAAUGCUUGGAGUGUGGAAAGAGCUUUUCUCACAAUGGCAGCCUAACUGCACAUCAAAGGAUUCACACAGGGGAAAAGCCAUUUAAAUGUUUGGAGUGUGGAAAGAGCUUUUCUCAGCAUGGCAGCCUAACUGCACAUCAAAGGAUUCACACAGGAGAAAAGCCGUAUAAAUGCUUUGAAUGUGGAAAAAACUUCUCACGGAAUGGACUCCUGACUGCACAUCAAAGGAUUCACACAGGGGAGAAGCCAUAUAAAUGUUUGGAAUGUGGAAAGAGCUUCUCUUGGAAUUAUUGCUUAGCUGCUCAUCAAAGCAUUCAUACAGGGGAGAAACCAUAUAAAUGCUUGGAGUGUGGAAAGAGCUUUCAUGUCAGUGUCAGGCUAACUGCCCAUCAAAGGAUUCACACAGGGGAGAAGCCAUAUAAAUGUUUGGAAUGUGGAAAGAGUUUCUCUUGGAAUUAUCGCUUAGCUGCUCAUCAAAGGAUUCAUACAGGGGAGAAACCAUAUAAAUGCUUGGAGUGUGGAAAGAGCUUUCAUCUCAGUGUUAGGCUAGCUGCACAUCAAAGGAUUCAUACAGGGGAAAAGCCGUAUAAAUGUUUAGAGUGUGGUAAGAGCUUCUCACGAAAUGGCCACCUAACUGAGCAUCAAAGGAUUCAUACAGGGGAGAAACCAUAUAAAUGCUUGGAGUGUGGAAAGAGCUUUUCUCGGAAUAGCACCCUAACUGAGCAUCAAAGGAUUCAUACAGGGGAACAGCCAUAUAAAUGCUUGGAGUGUGGAAAGAGCUUCUCACGGAAUGACCACCUAACAGAGCAUCAAAGGAGUCAUACAGGGGAGAAGCCAUAUAAAUGCUUGGAGUGUGGAAAGAGCUUUUGUCAGAAUGGCAGCCUAACAGUACAUCAAAGGAUUCACACAGGGGAGAAGCCAUAUAAAUGCUUGGAGUGUGGAAAGAAUUUCUCUGACAUUCGUACUCUAACUAUACAUCAAAGGUUUCACACAGGGGAGAAGCCGUUUAAAUGUUUGGAGUGUGGAAAGAGCUUCUCUGCCAGUAGUGCUCUAACUAAGCAUCAAAGGAUUCAUACAGGGGAAAAGCCAUAUAAAUGCCUGGAGUGUGGACAGAGUUUUUCCCACAAUAGCAGCCUAACUUAUCAUCAAAGGAUUCACACAGGGGAGAAACCAUAUAAAUGCUUGGAGUGUGAAAAGAGUUUUUCCCACAAUGGCAGCCUAACUGCACAUCAAAGAAUUCACACGGGGGAGAAGCCGUAUAAAUGCUUGGAGUGUGGAAAGAGCUUUUCUCAGAAUCAACACCUAACUGCACAUCAAAGGAUUCACACAGGGGAGAAGCUAUAUAAAUGCUUGGAGUGUGAAAAGAGCUUUUACCACAAUAGCAGCCUAAUUGUGCAUCAAAGGAUUCACACAGGAGAGAAGCCAUACAAAUGCUUGGAGUGUGGAAAGAGAUUUUCUCGGAACUGCAUCCUAACUGUGCAUCAAAAGAUUCACUCAAAGGAGAAGCCAUAUGAGUGCUUGGAAUGUGGAAAAAGUUUUUCUCGGAAUGACAAACUAAGUUUGCAUCAAAAGAUGCAUUCAAGGGAGAAACCAUAUGAAUGCUUGGAAAAUUGAAAGAGUUAUGCCCACAGUUGCUGUCUUACCUUACACCACAAGAAAGCCACCUAAUCGCAGUUAGCUUUCUUCACAUCAGUCUUUCAACGUUCUUCACAUUUAGUCAAAAGGAGAACUGAAUACCGCCUGGAUUUAUUCUGUUUUUUCAUCAUUUGUUUCGUAACAUUUGCCAAUUUUGAUUUCUUAGUCGUUUGAUAGAUUUGAUUCUGUAAUAUAAAAAUUGAACAGUUAUUUCAUUUAUGGACAAGGGUUGUUACAUCUCUGUUACCUCAAUAUAACUUUUCUUUUGGAAUUUGAGAGCAUGAAUAUAUAGAAUAGAAUCAUAGAAUCACAGAAUCAUAGAGUUGGAAGGGGCCAUACAGACCAUCUAGUCCAACCCCCUGCCCAGUGCAGGAUCAGCCUAAAGCAUCUCUGACAAGUAUUCAUCCAGCCUCUUCUUGUCAAACACUUUUAUCUUCGGGACUGUGAUGGGAAGACCUUCCCUGCUUUUUAUUUUUAUUCCCUCAAAGAUAUGGUUAUUAUUUAAAUUUGAAUAAUUUUGCCAAUACUUUAUUUUUUAAAAAUA